AUGGACAUUCUCAAGGUACUAUCUCGCGGGACCAAGCGCACGGCCAAGAGCGCAGGGCACGCUGGCGGCGCGUCGGCCAAGCUGCCUUCAUCGACCGGUGUCGCGGCCACCAACCCGCAGCUGUACCACGACGAGGUACGCGGGCAGAAGCGUAAGCGAUCCAAGACGGAGAAGCAGCCUAUUGAAGGCUCCGCGGCGGAGGAACUGCCCGAGGUCGACUUUUUCGCCCCCCAACCCGAACAAGCCUCCGCGAAACCCCAAACACACGACUCCAAGAGCAAGGCCGGCGAGCAGACGUCGACACCCGUACUUGCGCCGGCGAAGCGAAUCAGCGAAGAAGACUGCCGGCAGAUUCUGAGGUCACACCGUCUCAAAGUAACACUUUUGUCGAAGCAGGAAGAGGAGCCCAAGAAAGUCAAGAAGAGCAAGAAAAAGAAGGCGGCGGCGGCGGAAGAGGAAUCCAAAAAGGACGAGAAGAAAAAAGCACAAUUGUACCCACAGCCACUGGAGACUUUUGGCCAGCUUCGCAGUACCUAUGGAAUCUCGCGGCGCAUUUCCGAGAAUUUGGUUGCGCAAAGCUAUCGCGUGCCGACAGAGGUGCAAUUGGGCAGUCUGCCACUGCUGUUGGAACCUAAGCAGGCGCUCGGAGGUUGCGAUGCCGAGGGCCUGGAGAGUGGCGUGGACUUUUUGGCAGUGGCGCCGACUGGAAGCGGCAAGACAAUCAGCUUCUUGAUCCCGGCCAUUCACCAGAUGAUGCGACGAAGAGGCAUGGACCCAAACGACCCCGAGGCGACUACGACACAACACGAGCUCGAGGCGGUCAUUGUGGUACCCACAAGAGAGUUGGCCCAUCAGAUUGUGAAUGAGGGGCUGAAGCUGCUGCAAGGAACCGGCAUCAAGAUUAUGGCCAUGAAGAAGCAGAUGAAUCUUGACACUGAGGAGCAGGAGUUGGCAGAGGACAGCGAAAGCGACAAAGAGGACAAGGAAGAGAGCAACGAAGACGAAGACGACGACGACGACGAAGACGAAGAGGACAACAGACCGAAGCGCAUAAAUAAAGCUACAGCGGCGAAGCCUGAUAUCUUGGUCACCACGCCGCAGCUGUUGUUGAAUUUCCUCACAUCCGGACCUGCGACGACUCAUCGCAUACUACCCGAUGUCAGGGAUCUCAUUCUUGACGAGGCUGACGUUUUGUUGGAUGCGCUCUUUUACGAGCAGACGAUGGGUGUCUGGUCCGCGUGCACCAACACAGACUUGCGCGUUUCGUUUUGGUCGGCAACGAUGGGAUCCAACAUCGAGGCCAUCAUGACAGAUAAGCUACAAUCGAGAGCCAAAGGUCUGGGAGUACGUCGCAAGCCGUUUGUUCGUCUGGUUGUUGGCUUAAAGGACACUGCAGUACCCAACAUUGUCCACAAACUCACAUACACUGCUAGUGAGCAAGGGAAACUGCUUGCUCUUCGCCAGCUUUUACAUCCUACGACGGCAGACGAUUCCGUUCCAUUACGACCCCCCUUUAUCGUAUUUACGCAAACGAUUGACAGAGCGGCAGCUCUUCACGAAGAGCUCAAGUAUGACAUUCCGCUGGAAGCUGGCGGCUCGACCCGAAUCGCUGCCCUGCACAGCGGCCUGCCCGAGUCUGCGCGCGCCUCCAUUAUGCGCAAGUUUCGCGCCGGCGAGAUUUGGGUCCUCAUCACGACCGACGUUCUCGCGCGGGGCGUCGACUUUGCCGGCGUCAACGGCGUCGUCAACUACGACGUGCCCGGCUCCAGCGCCGCGUACGUGCACCGCGCGGGCCGCACGGGGCGUGCAGGCCGCGAGGGCGGCAUCGCCGUCACGUUUUACACCAAGGAGGACAUUCCGUUUGUCAAGACGGUGGCCAAUGUCAUUGCGGCGAGCGAGCGGCAGUCGGGCAAGCUGGGCGAGGACGGCAUACAAAAGUGGCUGCUGGAUGCGCUGCCCAAGGUCAACAAGGCGGACCGCAAGAAGUUGCGCGAGCGCGGCGUAGAGUCGCGGCGCAGCGGCGCGGCGCAGGCUAGGAUUACGUCGACGAGUGGUUAUGAGCGGCGCAGGGAGAAUAACAGGCGCGGAGCGAUUGAAGGCAGUAAGAGGCGAAAGACGACGACGACGACGACGACGACGCAGCGCGACGACGACGGCGGCGGUGCGGAUGGCGAGUGGAAAGGCAUUGACGACUAG